AUGCCCCUCAAGAAGCCGACGACGCUGCGCAUCCUCUGCUUCGGCGACUCCCUCACCCAGGGCUUCCACUCGUUUGGCCUCGGAGAGCACCCGUACUCGGGGCGGCUCGCGCAGCGCCUGCGCGAGGCGCUGCCCGAGGGCAUCAAGCUCGAGAUGCGCACGAGCGGCGUGCCGGGCGACGUGGCCGCCUUUCCGAGUUUCCGGGAGCGCUUCACCCGACAGAUUACGUUGAUGCCCUUUGAUUGGGUCAUUACGCUUGGUGGCACAAACGAUAUUGCAAUGGGAUGCCGUGUAGACGAUACUUUCAAGUCGCUGCAGGCUGCGUGGCAGAUUGCUCUCUCACGCCGCUGCAAUGUUCUCGCUCUCACGGUGCCCGAGACGGCUGGCAACUUUUCUAGCGUCACUGCCAAACGCAAGGACCUCAAUACGCGGAUUCUCAGUUUCAAAGCCGAAAAUUACCACACACUCGACCUACACCAAAAAAUCCCAUACAAUUCUCUCAACGACUCGCAACGCGACCUGUACUGGAACGACGGCGUGCAUCUCACCGAGCAAGGUUACGACUGGAUGGCCGAUCACAUUGCCGACGCGCUCAUCCCGCUCGUCCUAGGCGACAUGGCGCGGCUCGACGAGGAGGAGGAGCACCCAAAAGGUAUUACCAGAGGCUAUGUGGCGGUGCGCAAGUCAGACUUGGACUAA